GACCAGGAAGUUGAUUAGAUUUCAGGAAGCGCGUUUGGACUGGAGUAACGUUGAGUAGAAUAUUUCAUAUGUACAAAUCUGAGUUCUGUUUAUUGUAUUGCUGUGAGAGUAGUGAUUUUGUUUACAUGCUUAAUCGGUGCUCGUAUAUUUAUUAAAUGACGUGAAUAACAGGAGUCGUAUUGAAAGUGUAAAGGAGAGUCGCAAGCUCCGCCCCCUCGCUUGGCCACUGCAGUUACAGGAAUGUUGUUGGGGAAAUCUCUGGUCCCAUCCCGGCUCUGUGCCUGUGCCCUUUGGAGUAAACAACUCUACUGCAGCUCAGCCAAGAGAGUUAGGGUACAUGAUAUCCUCAACAGCCUGGAGACAGGCUCAACCAUCAGAAUACAGGGUUGGGUACGCUCUGUCCGAUCACAGAAGCACAAUCUCUUUCUUCAUGUCAGCGAUGGAAGCUCUUUGCAACCUCUGCAAGUGGUCGCCAGCUCAGACCUCAACACCAGAGACCUCACCUUUGGUUGUGCUGUUGAUAUCAGUGGUCGGUUGGAAAAGAGCCCUAGUAAAAAACAGAAUGUGGAAUUACAAGCCAGUCACAUUAAAGUGGUUGGAGAAUGUAAUCCUGUGGACUUUCCAUUUAAGAUCAAGGGCCACCAUUCACUGGAGUACAUCCGACAGUUUCCUCAUCUGAGAUGCCGAACGAACGCCUUCAGUUCAUUGCUCAGAAUACGCAGCCAAGCCACUGCUGCCAUUCACUCUUAUUUCAGGGAUAACAACUUUGUGCAAAUUCACACACCGGUGAUUACGUCAAAUGACUGCGAAGGAGCAGGAGAACUCUUUCAGGUGGAACCUGCAGGUAAUGAAUGGAACUCGGAUAAAGAAAAUCCCCGUUUUUUCUCUGUGCCUGCAUACCUAACUGUCUCAGGCCAGCUGCAUUUGGAAGUGAUGGCAGGGGCUUUUCCUGCUGUUUACACAUUUGGCCCAACGUUUCGUGCAGAGAAUUCCCAGACCAGGAGACACUUGGCUGAGUUUUACAUGGUUGAGGCAGAAAUCGCUUUCACUGAGUCACUGAAGGACCUCAUGGAGGUUAUGGAGUGUCUGUUCAAGACAACCACAGAGAAUCUGCUCUCUUCCUGUGCAGAGGAUGUGGACUUAUUUCACAAAUAUGUCUCGCCAGGAUAUAUGGAACAAGUGGACCUCAUGAUGAAAAGAAACUUUAAUGUCAUUUCCUACACAGAGGCGAUUGAUAUUCUAAAGCACAGCUCAGAGCCGUUUGCCUUCAAACCAGAGUGGGGCUGUGAUCUUCAAACAGAGCAUGAGAAGUACAUAGUGCAGCAUUGUGGGAAUGUCCCAGUCUUCGUGACGGAUUAUCCGUAUGAGCUAAAACCUUUCUACGCCAGAGACAAUCAAGAGCAGCCUCAGCGCACAGCAGCUGCAGUAGAUCUCUUGGUGCCUGGUGUAGGGGAGCUGUGUGGCGGUUCUCUCAGAGAGGAAAGACUAGAAGUUCUCAGGACUCGGCUAUCGCAGGCUGGAUUAAACGACACAUAUGCAUGGUAUCUUCAGCUGAGAGAGUUUGGUUCAGUGCCUCAUGGUGGUUUUGGGAUGGGCUUUGAGAGGUACCUGCAGUGUGUUUUAGGAAUCGACAACAUCAAGGACACUAUUCCUUUCGCAAGGUUUUCACACUCCUGUGUACUUUGAAGAAGCCUCGUGUAAAAUGAUAUAAUAAACUGAUAAAAAGGGCGUGGCAUUGUUUUAUAUGUUUUAGCAGGGUGACUGUGUUUGAAGAAUGGUCGUGGUAAUGCACAGAAACAUGGCAAGAGACGGUCAAUUAUUAAGAAUUGUGGUUGUUUAUUUUCAUGAGAAUUCCUUGAAAAAUGCUUACUCAAUACUAUAAAUGCUUUCUGCUGUAAAAUAAAUGGUCAGGAAAAAUAGAAAGUAGAAAACAUGGGAAAGUGAGUGAGUCAAGAUCUUGAUCCCAGAGCCUCUUUCGUAAGUCAACAGUGUGCAAUUGACAUGCAAAGCACUUGCAAAUGUUUACAGAUCAUCUUGCUGUGCCAGGCUUGAGCCUCAAUGAUUUGUAAGUGUUGUAGCUAAAAGGCUUUCUGACAGUUCAUUUGAAUCGGGAAUCGAGCCCAUACAUUUUCUGUUCAGCUUUGAACAUAUUUAUUAUCGUUACAUUUUAAUGUUUUGAUUUCUGUUUUGCAGCUAUUAUUUUAGUGCAAUUUUUUUUUGUGUGUGUAUAAAGGUAUUGGAUUCUCGCAGAGGGCUAGACCCCCCACUGUAACCCUAGCUAUGUAAUAUGUGAGAGGCUGAGGGCUACGGAAACAGAGGUCGGCGCCACAUGGCGUGGGAAGGACUUUGAUUUGAUUGGAUUGGAUUUAUAAGAGAGCGUAUCAGUUUUAUCAUAGGAAGGAGUGAAACGACAAAAAUUAAUUUGCAGCGUACUGUUGGCUCUGUGGUCAGAAAUUACUUACUUAGCCUAGCUCAAUAGCAUCAGGUAGUCGGGUUCAACUCGUAUGUUUUUUUUAUUUUUUUUUUAUUACCAAACUACAAUAGCAUAUAGCGUAUAAAAAAUAAAUCCAGAUUAACACCA